CAUUCAAUUCAGCCUUGCCUUGUUCAUCGUUCGCGUUUGUUGUCACAUGUGUCUCUCUCAUCCACGCAAGGCUGUGUGAUAUCCCUACCUUUCCUUCAAUUGUAUUAUAUCUCUCUCCUCUCCUCUCCCUCCUCAACCAAUCACCAAUCGGUAGUAAUCAUAAGCACCCUUUUUCUACGGCGAAGUGAAGACACCAACCAUGGCGGGUGUUGAUUCUACUCCCACCGCCCACCCCGAACCACCGACCAAGCGUCGCAAAGUCCGUGAUGACGAUAGUAUCGAUUCGACUCCUGCCCCGCAUUACGAUGGUAUCCCAGACAAGAAGGGCGGCAAACGAACCCUCAGCGUUUCCAUCCGGGAGAAGACCGUAGACAGUCGUUCCGAGAGCCAAAGCCCAAGCCACAGUCGAAGUCGAAGUCAAAGUCGAAGUCGAAGCCGGAGCCGGAGUCGGAGUAGAGACCGUCGUCGCGAAACAGAUUAUUCCUCCGACGAACGCUCGCCGCGCCGCCGUAGUAGUAGAUCCCUCUCUAGCUCGAGGUCGAGGAUACGCUCGCGCCGCUCUAGUUCGGGCAGUCGAUCAUCGAGGAGCCAGCUUCGCUCGUCCCCCCGAUCGAGAAGUCGAUCUCGCACACCAGCAUCAGACUCCCGCUCCCACUCCCACUCCCCCCGAGCCGAAACUUCUCCUCCCCCCCGACGCCGCGCCCGCCGUGAAUCCUCUACUACCUCCUUACCACCGCAACCACAACCAUUGCUACAACAACAACAGCAGCAGCAACAACCACCCGCUCGCCAGCUCGCCAGACCGCACUACGUCCCGCGUCUCGUCCUCACGGGCCACGCCCGCGCCAUCUCCCAGGUGCGCAUCUCGCCCGACGGGCGGUGGAUCGCGUCGUCGUCGGCGGACGGCACCGUGCGCAUCUGGUCGGCCUCGACGGGCCAGCACACCGAGACCCUGGUGGGCCACGUGGCGGGCGUGUCGGCGGUGGCCUGGGCGCCCGACAGCAAGACCCUGGCGUCCGGGUCCGACGACAAGGCCAUCCGCCUGUGGGACCGCGUCACGGGCCGGCCCGCGCGCGCGGGCAAGCCCCUCCUCGGCCACCACAGCUACGUGUACAGCCUCGCGUUCUCGCCCAAGGGGAAUAUCCUCGCCAGCGGCAGCUACGACGAGGCCGUGUUCCUGUGGGACGUGCGCGCCGGUAGGCUCAUGCGCAGUCUGCCGGCCCAUAGCGAUCCCGUGAGCGGGAUUGAUUUUUGUAGGGAUGGGACUUUGGUUGUUAGUUGUAGCACGGACGGACUGACCCGAAUAUGGGACACCUCGACAGGGCAGUGCCUGCGGACCCUCGUGCACGAGGACAACCCGCCCAUAACGUCGGUAUGCUUCGCGCCUAACGGGCGGUACGUGCUAGCCUUCAGCAUGGACUCGUGCCUGCGGCUGUGGGACUACGUCUCCGGCACGGUGAAGAAGACGUACCAGGGCCACGAGAACUCCAAGUUUAGCAUCGGCGGGUGCUUCGGGACGGUCGCCGCGGACGACGACGACAACGACGACGACGACGGUGGUGCGGUGGCGGCGAACGCUUUCGUGGCGGCGCCUAGCGAGGACGGCGAUAUCGUCCUCUGGGACGUGCGCACCAAGGAGAUUGUCCAGCGCAUCCGUCGCGCGCACGACGGCGUGUGCUUCUGGGUCGACGUUCACGGCGACACGAUGGUUAGCGCGGGGCAGGACGGGAGGAUCAAGGUUUUUAGACAUCGGAGAGUAGGAGAAGGGGGGGAUAAUGAUGAUACAGGUGCGAAAGAGGAGGAGGAGAGGGUCAACGGUGUUGACGUAUCUCCCGGGAUGAACGGUUCGAAUGGUGGUAAUGUUGAUAUAGAUAUGGCGGAGACGACGACGGCGACGGCGACGCAGAAGGACGGGGUCGAGAGGAGCGAGUCGCCUCUUAAGGAGGAGGAUGUUAAGAAGGAAGAAUAAGCAGGAGCAGGAGUAUAAGACGAGCUAUGAGAAAAGGGUACAUGACGGGUAGAAGAACUUGCUUGUCCUUACGGAUGAAUAAGGUAUAGGUAUAGGUAUAGGCAUAAUGAAAACUACCUACCUCUAAGCAGGGCGGUUGGUUACUUCGAAUAGACUUGGACAGCGCGGCAUACCCCCCUGAUUUUAAUUUAGGUACAAUACCAGGUACCUAACCUUACCUAACCUACAUACCUCUACCAUACAUCAAAAAAUGCAUAAGUUUGUAUUCAACACUACAAUAACUUUUCUUGAUAGGUUAUAUGAGUACGAGAAUAGGUGCUUGAGAAUCAGCUACCUACCUCCUAGGUGCCUACCAGAUAACUAACCUAAGGUAGGAAAUGAGGUAUUCACGAAACUGGAGGGGUGGGGUGCAGGGAAAGACUCUUGAAAUCGGGAUCAAGUCAAGUCAAGUC